AAUCUGAAACCAGUCGCGUUGGUUUUCCUUCUCUGGCCUCAGCAGCUAAAAUCUGCAUUCCAGAUGAAACCUGCAGGGAAGCGGAAGAAAGCACUUAAAAAAAAAAAAAGCUUCAAGGGCAGUAAAUUAACUGCUUUUGAGUUCCAGGGAUUUUGAGAUGAUUUAGUUCUUUCUUUACUUUUAUUUCUUUGCUUUGGCUUUGUGAGUGGCUGUUGAUGUGUGUGCACUGCUAGUUUUUUGUGUGUUGUUUUUGUUUGUUUGUUUGUUUGUUUUGUUUUGUCCUGGAUGACACAGGCUUCUGACCAUAGUUUAGAUGGCAAAGGAGGGCCCGUAAAAAGUAUUUCAGUCAUUUUCUGCUGAUUCACUUUUGAGCGUCUUGGGCUGCUGGGGUGGUGGAGGGCUGUCAGGAGCAGCUUGCCGGCUCAGCACUUUCUGGAGCCUCACUUGCUCACCAAUGAGGAAGUUGAAAGCAACCAGGAGAAAGACAGGCACUGGGGCGGAGCUGUGGUGAAGUCCUGGGCUGGGAUGACUGGGGCCGGCUGACCUUCCUUACGACAAAAAGCCUUUUGUCCACGGAAAUAAAUACGGAAGUCCCAGAGGAGCAGCCUCCCAGCCCGCGAGUAGUAAGGUGCGCAGCCCCGGCAGCUUCUGGGCAUAGAGCUCCGCGGACUUUUUACAGUGGCCCUGGGCGCACCGUGGCCGCACAGACCGGAAGGGGAGCACAGUGACCGACCUGAAAGAGACCAAGUGUGCUGCUGGGCGGCCAAGGAGCUGGCUGCCGGUCGGUCCUGUUGCUCCCGUCCUGUAAGUUAAGAGCUGAUGGAGUGGAUACACUGAGAGCAGGGCAGGUAACAGAAGUCGGGACUGCCAUCGAGGGCGCUGCUGUGAGGCAUGGAGGACGUCGGUGACGCUGUGAAUGGCAGUGAUGUCUCGCAACCAGACAAGUCUGAAGCGGGACCCGAAAUGGCCCAGUCGAUCCUGAGCAAGUUCUCUAUGAAAUCCCUCUUUGGGUUUGCGAGUAAAUUGGAAUCUGUGAAGCCCGAGGAGGAAGACGUGGUGCUGCAAGCAUUCCACGCUUUCGAGGUGGAUCCCACGCGUCGGCUGGAUGGUCCCAGCCAGGGCUCGGAUGAGCAGGAGGCAGGGGCUCAGGUUGCACCGGGCCUCGGAGGAGAUGAUGGGAAGACUGCGAGGGAGGAGGCAGGGAGGGAGUCGGAGGGAGGUCAGGGAAAAGCAGAGGCAGGGACUUCUCUCCCUGGUCAAGAGCUUCUUCCGCUCACUGCCCUGAGUGUGAGCAGAGACGAUGCCAUCUUGGUUCGCGGGACCCUGGUGACCACCACCAGUGAUUCGGACUCUGAGGAUGGUGGCCAGGAGCCAGAAGAGGGAAGCAACACCAGUGGCCCAAAGUCCCCAAGUGUUGUUUUAUCCGAGCCAUCUGAGGAGCCCAAGGAAAAGCCAGGAGACCGUAGAGAGAACACUGCCGCCGGGGAGAGGGAUGCUGCAGAGCUCGGAGAGGAAGAUCCUCAGGGGACUCCCCCUGAGACAUGUAGCAAACCGGAACCUGCUGGUGGUGGUCUUCCGACGGAGCACAGCCCCAGUCAAGGACAGGCUGGGGGAGAAGGUUCCCAAGUUCUCCCUGUGGGAACAGACCAGACUUUGAGUGCUGGUGUCACCGAGAACCCCUCUUCUAAAAAAGAAGCCCCUGGAGAGAAGUCAUUCCAGCUGCCAGCUUUCUUUAGUGGGCUCCGCGUGCUGAAGAAGGGGGCUCCCGCUGAGGGUGGGGAGACCAUCACCGAAAUUAAACCAAAGGAUGGGGACCUGGCUCUGCUCAAAUUGACCCAGCCGGUUCAGAAGUCCCUAGCACAGACAGGGCCUCAGACAGGGAAGACUGGGGAGAAAGCCAGUGACCUGAAGGCCCCUCCCACUCUCCUGGAGCAGCUCUCCCAGCUCCUCAGCAUCGACAUGCCCAGGGCCGAAGUGAAGGCAGAAGACCCUGAGCCGCCCCGGGGAGGAGAGAUGGGCUGCAGCGCUGCCCAGGAGAGCCAGGGCGGCCCAGCAGAAGCCCAAACCCCGGGUGGAGAGGUCAAACCGAAGCCACCAGAAACCGCCCUGGAGGCCUUUAAAGCCUUGUUCAUCCGUCCCCCCAAAAAGGGGACCACAGCUGACACCUCUGAGCUGGAAGCUCUCAAGCGCAAGAUGAGGCAUGAGAAGGAGUCCCUAAGAGCUGUGUUUGAACGGUCCAAGGCAAGGCCAGCGGACGGCCCCUCCGAUUCCAAAAGCCCUGAGCACAGCCCCACUGAGCAGGACGAUAGGACUCCUGGCAGACUCCAAGCUGUCUGGCCACCCCCAAAGACAAAGGACACAGAAGAAAAAGUGGGAUUGAAGUACACUGAAGCAGAAUACCAAGCUGCUAUUUUACACUUGAAGAGGGAGCACAAAGAAGAAAUUGAAAACCUACAGGUUCAGUUUGAACUUCAGGCCUUUCACAUCCGGGGUGAGCAUGCAGUGAUAACAGCAAGACUAGAAGAAACCAUCGAAAACCUCAAACACGAGAUAGAGCACCGAUGGCGCGGAGGAUGUGAAGAGAUGAGAGAUGUGUGUAUCUCCACCAAUGACGACUGCCCUCCCAAGACCUACAGAAAUGUGUGCAUCCAGACAGACAGAGAGACUUUCCUCAAACCCUGCGAAGGGGAAGGCAAGACAACCAGAAGUAACCAAAUAAUCCCCAAAAAGCUGAACAUCUCCUCUUUAAGCCAACUCUCCCCCCCAAAUGACAACAAAGACAUCCUUCCACCACUUCAGUCUGUGGAAUGCAUCUCACCGAGCCAGGAGAAGGCAUCGCCUCUCCCCACAGCACCACCCCCACCAGCAGUCAUCCCUCCCCCUCCACCCCUACCACCUGGGCUUGGACCUUUGCCACCAGCACCUCUGCCGCCACCUGUGAGUGCAGGGCCACCACCACCUCCGCCACCACCUCUGCCUCCAAGCACUGGACCUCCCCCGCCUCCUCCCCCACCACCACUUCCUAGCUCACCCAUUCUGCCCAGCAGUGGGGGGCCUCCUCCUGCUCCAACACUCCCAGGACUUGUGCCCCCACCUCCUCCUGGCCUCUUCUUUGGAGUCGGCCCUUCUAGCCAAUGUCCUCGGAAGCCAGCCAUUGAGCCCAGUUGUCCCAUGAAGCCUCUGUACUGGACUAGAAUACAAAUAAGUGAUAAGAGCCAAAGUGCUACACCAACCUUAUGGGACUCCUUAGAAGAACCUGAUAUUCGGGAUCCUAGUGAAUUUGAGUAUUUAUUCUCCAAAGACACAACUCAGCAGAAGAAAAAACCACUGUCAGAGACCUAUGAGAAAAAAAACAAGGUCAAAAAGAUCAUCAAGUUAUUGGAUGGAAAACGAUCUCAAACUGUGGGAAUCUUGAUAUCUAGUUUGCAUUUAGAAAUGAAGGAUAUCCAGCAGGCCAUUUUCAACGUGGAUGACUCUGUGGUUGAUCUGGAGACCCUGGCGGCCUUGUAUGAAAAUAGAGCCCAAGAGGAUGAAUUGGUUAAAAUAAGAAAGUAUUAUGAGACAUCCAAAGAAGAAGAAUUGAAGCUGCUGGAUAAACCUGAGCAAUUUUUACGUGAAUUAGCCCAGAUCCCUAAUUUUGCUGAGCGUGCCCAGUGUAUCAUCUUCAGAUCUGUCUUUUCCGAAGGCAUCACCUCCUUGCAUCGAAAAGUAGAGAUCAUCACACGAGCUUCUAAGGGCUUGCUGCACAUGAAGAGUGUGAAGGAUAUUUUAGCUCUCAUUCUGGCUUUUGGAAAUUAUAUGAAUGGAGGAAAUAGGACUCGGGGACAAGCAGAUGGAUACAGCUUAGAAAUUCUGCCCAAACUCAAGGAUGUCAAAAGUCGGGAUAAUGGGAUUAAUCUGGUGGACUAUGUCGUGAAAUACUACCUGCGUUACUAUGAUCAGGAAGCAGGAACAGAAAAGAGCAUUUUCCCCCUGCCUGAACCACAAGAUUUCUUUCUGGCUUCCCAAGUCAAGUUUGAAGACCUCAUCAAAGACUUGAGAAAACUGAAGAGGCAACUGGAAGCAAGUGAGAAACAGAUGGCAGUGGUGUGCAAGGAGUCUCCAAAGCAGUACCUCCAGCCUUUCAAGGACAAACUAGAGGAGUUCUUCCAGAAAGCCAAAAAAGAGCAUAAAAUGGAAGAAAGUCACCUGGAGAAUGCUCAGAAAAGUUUUGAAACGACAGUGGGAUAUUUUGGGAUGAAGCCAAAGUCUGGUGAGAAAGAGAUCACUCCAAACUACGUGUUUAUGGUGUGGUACGAGUUCUGCAGUGACUUCAAGACGAUUUGGAAACGGGAAAGUAAAAACAUAUCUAAAGAAAGAUUGAAAAUGGCUCAGGAAUCAGUCAGCAAGUUGACAGCAGAGAAGAAAGUGGAGACAAAGAAAAUCAAUCCCACGGCCAGUCUGAAAGAAAGACUACGUCAAAAGGAAGCCAGUGUGACCACCAACUAAAAAGGAGACACUGAAGAUGACAGCAAGACUGAGUACCUUGCUUAUCCUUUGCAACACCAGCGCUGCAGGAAGUUCUUGAAAGACAUGUCACUAAACGUUGCUUUUGCUCAUGGCUUUGUGAGGUCAUCUGCAGUGAGAACCCGUGCCUUCCCAAAGUCCCUGGUUAAGCCACAGAACCAAUGACAAGCUGUGUAAGGGAAAUCGCAGGAGUAUUUGAUGAUUGUUUCUGUAGGGGCCCAAAGUUCACUUUGUUAUAAGACCAGAAGAAAGCCCCAAGAUUUUCCAAACAUUUUUUAAAAGCAAAGAUUCCAAGCUUUCUGACCCACUCUUAAUAUAUGUAAAUUUGUGACCGAAGAAGAGAGGGCUCUUACGACAGUUGCCUUGAGAAAGUUCAAGCCUUUACACACUGCUGGUUUGACUGUUGAUCUUAAUUUUGAUCCCAUUGCAUCAAGAUCCUGAAGUGUCUUUCUCGCCAAAAAUGUUGACAUUUACCCAAACUAUUUUUAAAGAGGUCCAAGACUAUGGAUUUCCCAGAGGAGAAAAAUGGUUAUCUUAUUGUUGUUCAUGUUAUGGAAAGGAGAGGAAAUGGGAUUAUACAUGGUGGAUAAGGGAUUAAAUAACCAUAAACUUCAUAAACCUGGAGAACAAAUUAUGAUACAGGGAGUUCACAUCAGCCAUUAAGCAAUUAAUUGCGGUUUCCUGGACCAGCAGAGAGUCUCUCCAUCCCAGAUUCCAGAAGAAACAGUGAUACCUGAGCACGGAGACACUUGGGGUCAAAGCAGUUGCUUGGACAAGUGACCCAGUAACAGAGCACAUUUCACGUUUCAGAACAUUCGUGAAUGGGCAAUGUCUUGAUGAUGUGCACCUGAGCUCUACGUCAUGUUCUGGGACUGUGUGCAGCCAGACCUGUCCCACCAGCCCCAGGAGGCAGUUUCCAGACAGGACUGCAAAUGUUACUUGCUGCCUUUUGUUAUGACCUUGACCCUUGAUGGACAGCCAUGUGACAGAGGUCUUUGGUGUCUGAAAAAUUAAGUUCAGAAAAGUUCUUUACACGCAAAUGCAAAGAAGGUGUUCACAUUAAUGGAAUGCCAUGUACAUGCAGCUUUUUCGGACCCUGGGAGUCACUGCCCCUUGAGUCACAAGAGAGAGGAAUCUACCUUGUGAGUAGAGAAAAGAGGGGACUGGGGGUGAAUUGAUAAUAAGAUCAGAGACUGUCAGGUUUGGGCCUUGAAGGGAUGGAGGUCAAAGGUUUCUCCUCCAAAUGAUGGAGCAACAACCUUAAAACCCUUCAAACCCUUCCCAAUCCAGCUGCAGUGUGUGGCCUGACCCUUGUCCCAUGAUCUUCCCAGAGCCUCUCAACUUCCAGGUGGCUGAAUGUUUACCCAGGACAUGCCUGCCAGGUAUCAACCCCCUCAGGGACCCAUAACAGAUCCAGCUUAUUAAAGUGGCACCAUAUCCUAAUAUAAUGCCCGUCUUGGGAAUCAAGAAUGUACAGUCAAGAUCCAAUCAAGUCUCUGAAGCCAUAUUCAUGCAGGUGCUAACCACCUUUUCAAAAGAAAAGAAUAUGGUAGCAUAGUUGGGUUGUUGUUGUUUUUCCAGUUCAAAAUAAAAGGAUGAGACAAGCAAAAGAGGAAAGCUGAUAAGAAACUUACAUGACUAAAAGAAGUUGCUUGUGAGCAAGAAGCUUUUUAGACUAGAUUGUUUUCUUACAUUGUUUCUUCCUUUUCCCUUAACUGUGAAGAAAACCUAAGGAAUUCAUCAAUUGAAAACAAAUUCCGCUUACAGCCAUCCUGGGCUCUGUGACAUGCCUUUUGGUAUUAUCGUGCAAAAAAAAAAAAAAAAAAAAGUGCCUGUUUUGCCCAUGCCUUGGGAAUCAGCUUUGAGUUCAGUAAGACCAACAUAUGUUUGGAAACAUGUGUGUCCUUAGAGACCUGAUGGGAGACAGCUGCCAGUGGCUUUCAGUGGAGUCGCCAUCAUCCACUUUAAGUCUUAAAGCUGGUGCUCAUAGGAAAAUCACUGAAGAUAAGCAGGACUGUCACUUUGGCCACAUAACCCAGCAGGAACAUGCGCUCAGGGAACCAACCGGGAGGAAUAACGAGUGGGGACAUUUAAUUUGAGAGUUAGACAAAUGCAGCCCAAGGUGGGUUUUAUCCUCAGGGAUAGACUAGAAAUUGGCAGUAAAAUACCUCUUUCUAAAGAGCAAAGUUUGCCUGCCGAUGUUGGGGAAACAGUGAUUUUUCUAAGAUUAGUCAAAGGUAAUAUGUUAGUACAUUAAGACACCAGGGCAGGAUCUCCUUCAUUUUCACCCAGUUUGAAUCCUGCAGUAUGCAUCUGGACCCCCUUCCCAAUCCACACACAUGCUGCACUGUUGACAUCACCUUCAUUUCUAACUUAAGUUGAUCAUCAGUCAAGGUUCGCAAGAGUUGUUCAAGGUAGGCCAUCUAAAACAGCUUGGAGGCCUUAAAAUAUUCCCUCUAAAAUACAGUUGAGAUUGUGUUUAAACACAGCAGGUGUCUCUAAACUUCUCGUGGAGAGGAAGUAGUUGGGGUACCACUAGAGCUUGAGCAUUUCGGGUAACUAAGACUUAAGUGGCUAUUCUAAGCACAGCCCUCCCCGAACAAGAGGGAGAGUGGCCAGUACUGCUAUUCUGCUUAACCAGACACUCACAUCGGGCUUCCCAGUCAGACUCUGGGAAAUCUUAGCUUGUGAACAUCAUCUUCUCUUCUAGCCAAGAUUCAUUACAUCAGGGCACAGCUGAUAGCAGUUCAGAUUCUUGCAUGAGUAAUUGGCAUCAUCCCUCAAGCACACGAGUAUAUCAUAUAUUAAACCGGAGCAUGAUGUAACUAUCUUAGGUAGAAAUAAGAAAAAAACUCAGGCCAGUGAGGUGUCAAAAAUAAGGUUAGAAGGAGAUGUGCUCUAUAGCUUUUAACCCAAGAAGAGGCAGCUUACGGGAGGAGAAAAAAGGGCAGAGUCUGGUCGAGCAGUAAUUGAUGAUGGUGACUCCCCCACCAUCAUAGGUGAUGGACCUGCUGCCCAUCAGUUGCCUUUUGAAUACUUGAAUUGAUGUCCAUGGUGUCUCCUCAAAUGCUCGCUGCAACUACAUAGGAAUUAUGGAGGAAGAAUUUCCAAAAUCUGAGAAGUAGGAUAAGGAAACCUAGUGGUGCUGUUACAUCUGGAAAUGUUGUAGCCUAAAAAAAUAGGCAAUGUGGUUGAGGAAUUGAAUGUCAGAUUGGAUGCUGGUCUCCCUCCUCCUGUUCCCCAAGUAGGGUCAGUAGAAGCUGCACACCUGCUGAACCUCCCUUCAGCACCCCUUUGUCCAUAAGUACCGUGAGGAAAGGCGUUUUCUAAGUGAAAAGCUCAUGUGCUGCUGGUGGCGCAACUGGAGAAACUAAAGGAAGGGAAGGAAUUUUGGGUGGUAUGGAAAUCUCCCCAAAGAUAGUCAUCAGUAUGGUUCUUCCAUGUGCUUGGAGGUAGCAGAAGAGAUGUAAGUGUAUUUGUGCACAUCUCUCCAUGGAUUGCACUCCUUGCAAUGAGGAGGUUUUUAUUUCAAUUAUUCUUGCUUUUGUGAGUGUUAUGUUUUCUCAUUUCUAUUUCUCCUUCCUUGUCCCGUGUCAUUCAUGCAGAUCACUCCCUUAGUCAGUGGCUAGUCAGUGUGUGAGGGGGAAUUAGCAAAACCGCAGUCUCUUUCCCAGUAAUCAGGCUUUAACUUUGGCAGCGGAACCUCUUCACUCCUUCAUCUAAUAAGUUGGUCUAUUUUGACCUACUCUCCCUUCCCCCAGACAAAGAUAAAACCGACUUAGGGCUUUCUGUGUCAAGAAGAGAGAAGUAAAAAAAACAAAAAACAAAAAAAACAGCUUUUCCCCAAAAAUAUCAAAUAUACAAUGUUAUAAAGUAGUUUAAGUUGUCUUUAGGAAUCACUAGGAAGAACUGUUAGAUUUGAGUUUUAUUUUUCUUUGGUCCUGCCUAUUCUAAUCAGAAGAAAAAAAACACACACAACAAAACACAAAUGAAAUAAACAAACAAAACACCAAGAACUGGAAGGGAAAAUAAAAAGCAUCAGCAGGUUUGGUAAUCUACAAAUUAAUUUAUUGGUUCCUAAAUUAUAAAAAAAAAAAUAAGCAUACUGUGAAAUUCAGUGAGUUAAUUUUGAAAAAGUCACGUAGAAGGAGAAGUGUCAUGUUGUAGUAGAAAUGCUAGACCAUUUAAGUUUCCUUACUCUGGAUUUUCUUAAGAGCAGUUUAUAAAUACAUGGAACAUCCAGAAGACCAUGACUAUCACAUUUCACAUAUUACAUAUUGUACCUUCAGGAACAUUACCACUGAAGAGAGUGAAUUCAAUAAAGACAUGAACUUCCAUUCAUGUCAGCUACUUUGUCAUCAUAAAGAAAUCUGCAGCAUUAAGAGAAACAAGUCCGUGUGACCAACCUAAUAGUAUUUAGUAGGAAUUAAAAAGUAAGAAUCAUUUUUAGCCCCUCCAAAAUGCAAAUAACUUGUUGGAUAUAUGUCCAUUUUCCAGCUGUACAGAGAAACAGUCCAGCUGCUUGGAACCUUCCCUGUAAUUGGGGCAGAAGUCACUUAAAGAAAAGCACCUUCAGAAACAGGCCUAGGCAUACCUGGCUCCUUUAGGCUCACAUGUCAGUAUGUACAACUACGUUAGCAAUUGAAACCAGGCAUGACUAGGCUCCAUAACAGCUGUAUGGGACUGAGCAGCCCAUUUUGUGUCUUUUCUGCAUACCCACCAGUUGUUGACGCCUUGUCAGAAGCAUUGGAUGUUAGUUUCACAAUUCUUCAUUUCCCUCCCAAGGAAUGGGCAUUCUAACAAACCCUCCUCCCGAUCAAUGCUUUGCUGGGCAGUAGUGAAUUCAGGAGAGUUCUAAUAUGUCCAACUUGAAGCCCAUCGUGUGGUUGACAACUUACUUGAGAGCGUAAAGAUAUUAAAAUAGCAGCUAGCUCACUCUGUCUCUUAAGUCCCUGGGAAAUUUCUACCAAUGCAGAGAUCAGAGAAGCAAAUCAAGCCUCAUGCAGUAGGUUAGCUGUCCUCAGAUGGAGCUUAUUGGAUUCAUUUCCCCUCUAUCCCCAGCCCCUCUCCUAACCAGCCUGGUGAUUGUAACAUAGAGGACCUUUUCCCUCUUUCCUUUCUCUGGUAUGAUGACUCGCUUCAGUCAGCAGUUCAAAUGAACUCCAGGCUUUAUUGCAUAUUGUAUCUAGGAAGUGCUUGUUCAUGAAUUUCUUCUCCACUCUAUGAUCUGGGAACGACUGACUUAAUCUCAGUUUUUAUAUGGAAGUGGUAGCUAAAGCCAUUAAUUUACUCUUCUACAUUCCAUCUAUGUUUAUAUAAUUUUCUGUUUGUUUUUUAAUUUUCCCUCAAUACUAAGAACCUCCAGUCUGCCUCUUUUUCUAAAAGCUGAUCCAGAUACUUAACUUCUAUGGGCUUUAAAAAAAAAUGUUUUAUGUGAAAUUUUAUAGCAUUGGACCUGCAAAAUGCAAAUGAGCCCAUAGUUUCCUGUAGAAAUUCACCUCCAAAGAAUUUGGCAUUCUUCCCCAUGGAGUAAACAGCCUGCUACCAGACCUAGGCUGUUUUGUAGGCUGAGCAUUUCCCUAAAUUCUGUCUGUACAGACACCAAGGCACCAAGGGGCUCUUUGUCUUUGAAACUAUAAAAAUGUCUAAGAAGAUAGUGAAUAAUUCUUCCCCAUAUAUAGUGUGAGCUGCCAACGCAUUAUGCUCAGCAAUGAAGAAGUCAAGUGUUUUCAGGGGUGCAUUCAUGGUGGCUUGUCAACAUCUUUGGCAAAGUUGUACCUGCUUUCCUUUCUUGUUCUCUUUCAGGGCUUACUUCCAUUCUUUCUCAUGGAACAACUAUAAUUUUAUUUACCAAUCAGUCAGCUUCCCAAAUGAAAGCUAUUCCCGUAGAGUACUGAGUGUGCAGGGAAAUUACUCUCUCCCUCCCCACGACAUGGAUGAUAGAUGCAUUCAGGAAUGAACUCUCUGAGAAUUCUUGGGAUGAACUUUGAAUUCCAGGUCUCCUUCUGUGAGACAUAUAAAAAUGGGUUUAUAGCAUACAAAAAGUACACUACUCUUUCCAAUAAUAGACUAAAAAGAUAUUCAAAAUCUUUACAUUUUAGGUAGGUUUAAGUGAACUGUAAAUAGCUAAUUUUUUUCCCUUGCUCCUUGGCAAUUGGUCCCUAGCUAUAGUCUUACCUCUUCACAUCUGACCAUCAAGACACAAAGAAGGUGGUCUCGGUCCCACUGAGAUUCCACUCUGCAUAUUUCUCCAAAAACAUCCAUUUCCUGUGGAAACAAAUCUAUGAGUGAGGGGUAAGUCUAGCGACAAUUCUCCUAUCUGCCCAAGGUGACACACCCAGGAUUUUUUUAGUCUACCAGAAGAAUCAGACUAUUCCUAGUAAUUACUUUUAUAAUUCUGCAGUUCUUCAAUUUCUCAGAACACAAAUAAUAUGAUUCUACUGUUAGUCGAAUAUAUAAUCUUCAAAGAAUAUGAGCAUUUUAAAAAAGGACUUCUCUUUAAAGAAACAAUCUGAGAUAAUUGUAAAAAGGCAGAAACUUUUAAAAUGAGAAAUGGAAUAAUUUUUAAGACUAGACAAAACAUGUCUUUGAUUCAUUAUAAUCUUUUCUUUCAUUGAGUUUUAAUUUAGACUACUGUGGGGAGCAGCGUGCUUGAUUUAAGGAAUCGUGCUUUGGCCUGGAAAAUCAGCACUGGCCUGCACGCCCAGACCUAAGUGAAAUCAGUCAGCAUCCUAAUAGGAAUCAGGCCUAACAGAAAUGUAAAUUAUCUCAAGUCUUAAACGUUUAAUUUUCUUAGCGACACCCUUUCUUAAAAUGGACUCUGCUUUCUUAAAAUGCACUGGAUCCAUGCAGUUAUGUGUGUUCAUUCCGCCUUGUGAGAUUGCAAGCCAUAGGCUGAGGGAGAACAGGUGACAGGGAAGAAGGAAAAUUUGGACAAGGCCAGGGUGCACUGUUUGGCUGAUGCAUUGCAUUGUUAGGGAGCUGGUCAUUUUCACCAUGGUUGUACCAAUGGCAGCUUAAGGAAUCUGUAUUAAGCAAAUGGGAGUCCCCAGGGUCUCAUAGAGGUCAGUACCCUAAUGAAACUGGCCUGUGCCUGCUGAAAUAAUGUCAUUCAAUGUCAGAGUCAUUGCCAGGGGUUGGUGGUCCAGGGAUCUUUCCCUUUUCUCUGUGCCUGUCCUAAAGUCAUUCUGGCAUCUAGCUUCAUUUCUGUUUUCUCCUUUCAGUACUGUGGCCUCCCCUUCCUUCAUACCCUGCAGCUAUUUUUUUUCUCACUUUACCCUUUUUCCAGGACCCAGCUUUUUACCCCUUUGCCUCACAGACAGCCCAGUGUCUCCCUGAGCCCUCACUCCCUCCUCUCACACCCAGUGCUCUGCUUCCCAGGCCUUUGGACAGGGCACUCCUCUGUCACCAAGUGAGACACACUACUAUGACUGCCUCUUGUUAAUGUCAGCAUCACCUCAUCACUUAGGCAAAGAGGGAAAAGUCCAUAAAAAGGUUGGAAAAUACAUUUCUUUUUUAUUUUAUUUUAUUUUAAGAAGGUUAGGGGGAGGGUUGUUCUCGUCCUCAAUUUCUCAUAGAUUUUACUUUAAAACUGUCUAACCGGGACCAUUCUUUUGAUAAAUUACAAAUCAGUACAGCUGUGCUGCCUAUGACUGCAUUUUUGAAGCUCAAAUACCUUUUCAGUGCUACUGGACACAUUGCUUCAGUUUUGUACAAACAUUUUGAAUCAUGGGCUUUUUAUUGCCACUCCAUUCUUACUGCUCACUAUUCAAACAUCUCCGUGCAUCAGGAUCAGACGUCAACAAAUUGUGGUGGUUUUCAGAUCAACAGUAACUGUGACACACUUGAAAGGGCAUAAAGAGAAAGUAUAAGCACGUCCCAGAUAGUCAAACAUUUGACCUGGAAGUAUAUUAGGACCAAUCUGCAGCAGUCAUCUUAAAGGAUUUUAAGCAAUAAUGAAGGCAGUUUGAGAAGUGAGGUGGCACUUUAAAGACAUGAAAACUUACAUGACAUGAAACCUUACAUGACAUGGUCUUGGAUAUUUUAACUGUAAUAAGCUAAUUGGAUUCAGGUAUUUUUUCCUUUAAAUUUUUUAAAAAUAUGUAUUUCUCAUUUGUUUGCCUAUUUAAUUUUGUCAGCGCUGGAAAUGCUCAUUAGUUGAAUUUGUAAAUGUCACUUGCAACCAAAUGAAGUAUUUAUUUUUAAAAAGAAAAGGUGAAGGAACCAAUAUUGAUUGUACAUAAUGAAAAUAUGUGUGUGCGUAUAUAUGUAUAUUUUCCUCCUUGACACUACUUGAUUACCACAUCAAGUGUAUUUUUGUACAUAGUAUAUAUUGGUUAGAAAAAUGUAGAUUGUCUACUCAAAGGAUUCUAUCUCUAUGAUAGGUUAUAUUUAUUCUAAUCUAUUGAUACCUUUGUUAAUUUGUUUUAAGAGAUAGAACUCUAUUUUUUUGGAAUUUGCAGAGAACUGCAUUCAUGGCUUCCGAUGGUAAAUAUGCUAAGGGUAUUUUAAUAAAUCUUGGUUUCAUGUC